GGUCCUCUCAGCAGGGACAGCUUUGUAGGAAGUGGAAACCGGUAGAAAGGAGAAGUUUUACAUAUCUUCUCCUAUGAAUCUCAUUAAUUUGCAUCACAUCUUUUUAGCAGAUUUUUUUUAUCUGUAGAGGGUGAAGGGAGACUACAAGUAUGUUUUUGAUAAUUUUAAUGUUCUUUCUCCAAAGUUAUGGUCACAGUGUUUCCCAAAAUGUUUCCAGACCAAACAUAGUGAUGGUGAUGAGUGAUGCCUUUGAUGGUCGAUUGUCCUUCGAUCCUGGCAGCAAAGUUGUACAGCUGCCAUACAUUAACUACCUCAGAGAGCUUGGGUCCACUUUCCUUAAUGCUUACACCAAUUCGCCCAUCUGCUGCCCUUCAAGAGCAGCAAUGUGGAGCGGUCGGUUUGUCCACCUCACUGAGUCAUGGAACAACUACAAGUGUUUGGAUGCAAAUGCAACCACGUGGAUGGAUGAGCUGGAGAGGAAUGGAUAUAACACAAAAAUGAUGGGCAAGAUGGACUAUACCUCAGGAAGUCACUCUGUCAGUAAUCGCGUUGAGGCAUGGACACGAGAUGUUCAGUUCCUCCUGCGCCAAGAAGGCCGGCCAGUUUCUCAACUUGUUGGGAAUAUGUCGACCAAAAGGAUCAUGAAAGAAGACUGGAAAAAUACAGACAAAGCUACAAAGUGGAUCCACCAGAUGGCUGCACGGUCACAACAGCCUUUUGCUCUUUAUCUAGGCCUCAACUUACCUCAUCCGUACAAAACCCAAUCCCUGGGGCCCACUGCUGGAGGGUCCACCUUCCGUACCUCACCAUACUGGCUUACAAAGGUGUCAUCUGAACUCGUAUCUAUUCCCAAAUGGCUGCCUAUGGCUGCUAUGCACCCUGUUGACUACUACUCCACCUUCACUAAAAACUGCAGCGGGGAUUUCUCUGAGGAAGAAGUCAGACGUAUUCGGGUCUUCUAUUAUGCCAUGUGUGCUGAAGCAGAUGCCAUGCUAGGCCAAAUUAUUUCAGCUCUGAGAGAGACUGGUUUGCUUAACAACACUGUUGUGAUGUUUACCGCUGACCAUGGAGAGCUUGCCAUGGAGCACCGGCAGUUCUAUAAGAUGUCAAUGUUCGAAGGGAGUUCCCAUGUUCCCCUGCUCAUUAUGGGGCCCAGGCUGAUGUCUGGCCUGCAAGUCAAUCAGAUCGUGUCUUUGGUUGAUCUCUAUCCCACUUUGCUGGAAAUUGCUGGAAUUUCAGCUAUUGGUAAUCUAAGUGGUCAUUCCCUCCUUCCUCUGAUAUCCAAAUCCAGUAAUAUUUCAAAGAAGCAACAUCCAAAUUGGGUAUUGAGCGAAUAUCAUGGCUCUAAUGCCAAUGCUUCCACGUACAUGUUUAGAAUUGGCCAGUGGAAGUACAUCGCUUAUGCAGAUGGCCUCAGUGUCCCCCCACAACUUUUUGACCUUACACUGGACAAGGACGAACUUCACAAUGUGAUUCUCAGAUUCCCAGAAGUCCAGGCCCAUCUGGACAAACUCUUGCGCAGCAUUGUAGACUAUCCCAAAGUCUCUACGAAUGUUCAUCUGUACAAUAAAAAAGCAUUUAGUGCAUGGCGCUGCAGUUUAGGGGGAAACUACAGCCAAGUUAUUGCUAACCUCAGGUGGCAUGUGGAUUGGCAAAAGGAUGCAUUAGCCCAUGAGAAAGCUGUUGACAAGUGGCUUUCUGGCUCAUUGGAGACUUUUUAUGACUAUAAUAAAUGUUAAGCUGUUAUUUUAAUGAACUGGAAUUCCAACUUUUGCCUGAACAUUUUGAUUGUUAAAAAGUGCAGGUGAACACCUGCGAUGACCUUUAUCUUUAUUUUCUGUAAAUGUGUGUAUCUUUUAACGUCUUAGAUUACGCCUUUGAUUAAAUCUGUAUUUUAUUUGUGGAUCUUUCACACACCUUUCACUCAAUGUAAGCUUUAG